AUGUCUGUUCCGAUAUUGUGGAAAGACCCUUGGGCAAAAUUCUUUAAUGUGACACUUUCAAAACCGUCAUUUACUCAACCUUCUGCAUUGAUUAGCACAUACAUCGCUUCCCUACCUCAGGAGUCGUUAGACAUCUUGGCGAUGAACGGACUCAACGUCUCUCAAUUCUCAUCAUCAAAGACCGCCUUCAAUUAUCCAAAAUAUUUACGCUGUUUGGACCUCGAAUUCCUGUAUUGGUUGGUUGUACGUUGGGUCCGUGAGAACAUUGCCAAGGAGCACAAGAGUAAACCUGUAUUUCGUCCCUUUAAAAAAGUCGUAAAUUGUAUCAAGAAAUUUGGUAAGAAAUAUUCAAACUCUGACGCUUGGGUCACGAUGCCACCGCAAGACAAGGUCCGAGUGGUUUGCUCGGAGUUGUUAUCCUUGUUUCUUAGGGAGUCACCAAAGAUAUACAUAUUGCGCAUAAAUGACUACUCAAAAGUGGAAAUUUUCCCUCAGUUGUUGGAGAAUCUUGGCUCCCGGAAAAACUGCCUCUCCUCCCUGAGGGGAUUGGAGUGUAGAGACAAGCCAUUGAUGGAUAGCAUAUUCACUCAGCUGUCGUUGCUCACCACCGACAUCACGCAAAUAUUGAUUAUUGGUAGUUAUAACACGGAGUCAUUGGCAAACUUGGUGAGAGUUCAAAAGAAGAUUCAGAAGGUUUGCUUCGAAAACUUUUCACGAAUUUCGCCCGACGAAUAUUGGACAGCUCCUGGAGUUGGUUACGAAAUAUCGAAGAAAACCCUCUUCAUAACCAGUCUCCAUCUACUGAAUUCAUGUGCUCUAUUGACGAAACUAUCGGACUUUGUUAAUCUACAAGAAUUAACUGUUCAAUGUAUAGAAGAACGAAGAUGUGACCACAUGGAUUCAUUAACUCCCCCCGUUCUAAAAAAUCUCACGAAACUCAAAUUCAGAUGCACUCAUGACUACACUCUCGAUUACCUGGCGAACAUGAUAGAUCACACCGUUGGAAAAAUGAGAAAAAUUACAAUCGAAGGAGGAAGAAUUACCGACCCUCAAAAUAGUUUCAAUUUGGUGCACUCCAUAGCAAGCAAAUGCCCUCAUCUUAGAUCCUGCUCGAUACCGAUAUCGAGUAACAAUCCGAAGUUAAAUUGGAUCAUGGAAUUUUGUGGACGACUUAAAGAUCUAAGACUCUUUGCCAUACAUGACACCACGGUAUAUGAUCCCACCGGUGGUAAUGGCGGGGGUAACAGUGAUGGUGGCAGCCACACCAAUCACAAUAAUGGUAAUGGUGGUAAUAGAUUGUUCAGUAGAAAUGAUGGUAGUGGUACCAGCAUUAACCAAAUUUAUGGCGACGCUUUGCUGUACCAACUGCUUGACCAUAAACCGACGAAGCUACGCAGGUUGGACUUGAUUGACUGGUGUUUUUCACCCCUCGUCUGGGAAUUGUUCCUGAGGAAUCAAUCGAAAACGCACCUUCAACACAUUUGCUACUAUUGGAAUGAUAAAUCGAAACCUUCCGACGAGUUUCUAAAGGUUUGCCGCCAGUGCAAGAAACGCGGAGAGCUGAUCGCCUUCAAGAGCAUUGACUCCUAUUGGAAAUGGUGA